AUGCAAAACGUCACGAGCCGGCGGAUUGACAACGCCCGAGCUUGGCGAGAGACAACUCCCACCCAAGCCCGUCGAGACAAACGCCCCGAGACGCGAGCCAAACGGUCCCUAGCCGCGAGUACAAACGACCUAGGCCGCGAUACAAAACAGCGAAGAUCCGCUAGACAAAGCCGCAGCCGUAGUACAAACACGCGAGCAAACGCCCGCGAGACAAACGCCGAUCCGCGAGACAAAACGCGCCGAGCCGCGAGAGAAACGCCGAGCUCGGAGGACAACGUCCCCGAGCCGCGAGAGAAAAGCCCGAGCCGCGGAGAGCAACGCCGAGCCGCGGAGAGAAACGCGCGAGCCGCGAGACAAACGCCCGAGCCGCGAGACAAACGCCCGAGCCGCGAGAGAAACGCCCUAGCCGCGAGACAAACGCCCAAGCGCGAGACAAACGCCGAGCCGCGAGACAACUGCCCGGAGCCGCGAGAAAACGCGGAGCCGCGAGACAUAACGCCCGAGCCGCGAGAGAAACGCCCGAGCCGCGAGAGAAAACGCCCCAGGCCGCGAGCGAAACGCCCGAGCCGCGAGAGAAACUCCCGAGCCGCGAGACAAACGCCCGAGCCGCGAGAGAAACGCCAGAGCGCGAGACAAACGCCCGAGCCGCGAGGACAAAACGCCCGAGCCGCGAGACAAACGCCCGAGCCGCGAGAGAAACGCCCGAGCCGCGAGAGAAACGCCCGAGCCGCGAGACAAACGCCCGAGCCGCGAGAGAAACGCCCGAGCCGCGAGACAAACGCCCGAGCCGCGAGACAAACGCCCGAGCCGCGAGACAAACGCCCGAGCCGCGAGAGAAACGCCCGAGCCGCGAGAGAAACGCCCGAGCCGCGAGAGAAACGCCCGAGCCGCGAGACAAACGCCCAGCCUCGAGAAAACCCCGAUCCGGAUACAAACCCCGACCCGAGACAAACGCCGAGCCUGAGAAAACCCGCGAGCCGCGAGACAAACGCCGAGCCGCUAAGAAACGCCCAAGCCGCGAGACAAACGCCCAGCCGCAGGAAAACGCCCGAGCCGCGAGACAAACGCCCGAGCGAGCACGCGUCGAGACAAACCCCGAGCCGCGAGAAAACGCCCAAGCCGCGAGAAAACGCCAAGCCGCGAGAGAAACGCCGAGCCGAGACAAACGCCGAGCCGGAGAGACAAACGCCCGAGCCGCGAGACAACCGCCCGCGAUCCGCGGACAAACGCCCGAGCCGCGAUACAAACGCCCAGAUCCGCGAGAGAAAACGCCCGAGCCGCGAGACAAACGCCCGAGCCGCGAGACAAACCCGAGCCGCGAGAGAAACGCCCGAGCCGAGAAAACCAAAGCCGCGAGUACAAACGCCCGAGCCGCGAGACAAACGCCAGCCGCGAGAACAAACGCCCGGCCGCGAGACAAACAGCCGCGAGACAAACGCUCGAGCCGCGGACAAACCACGAGCGCGAGAGAAAACGCCCAAGGCCGCGAGACAUCACGCCCGAGCGGCGCGAGAAAGCCCGAGCCGGAGAGAAACGGCCCAUAGCCGCGAGAGAAAAACGCCCGAGCGCAGAGAAACGAGCGAUCGCGGGGACACACGCCGAGCCCGGGAGAGAACGCGCGAGCCGCGAGACAAUCGCCGAAGCGCGAGACCAAAGCACGAGCGCGAGAGAAAAGCACGAGCCGCGGAGAGAAAACGCCCGAGCCGCAUAGACAAAAGCACGAGCCGCGAGCCGCUAUACAACGUCCCGAUCGCGAGAGAAAACGCCCAAGCCGAGAGACAAGACGCGGGUAGACGAGAGGCAAACGCGACAAGGCCGCGAGACCAACGCCCGAAGCGCGAGACCAACUCAGAACCGCGAGAAGAAAGAACAGGCCGCGAGGAAACGCAAGAGCGCGAGGACAAACGCCGAGCCGCGAGACAAACGCCUAGCCGCGAGACAAAGCCGGAUCCGCGAGAAAAACGCCCGAGCCUCGAGGGACAAACGCCCGAUGCCGCGAUAGAAACGCCCGAGCCGCGAGACAAAACACCCGAGCCGCGAGAAAACGCCCGAGCCUCGAGAACAAACGCCCGAGCGCGCUGA